GCAGGUGAAGAAGUGGCCUGGCUGGAUUAUAUUCGUUUGUUAAAAUGUGUCUACUUGCUGGGUAUUUGGGACCUGAUUUUCAGAGGUGCUGUACACAAACAACUCUCAUUAUAGUCCAUGAGACUGUGGGUUCUUGGCACCUCUGAAAAAGCAAGCUGUUAGGCAUGAAAGCAGAAUCCUAGCAGAGUAACUUGUUCUGUUUAUACCUAUUGGUCACUUUAGAGAAUAAAAUAAAGAUGCAAAGAUACAGCCAGUUACUUCAUCAAAGAGCUUUUUAUCAUUCAUGAGCAGGUGAGUCCUUGGAGGCAUGGAAUCUCCCCCCCGGCCCAUGGUAUGGACAUGCUUCAUUCUCCUGGCAUUGCCACUGCUCCUGGAUGCACAGGGCUCCUGUUCCCACGGUGCCUGCUACCCACCUGCGGGAGACCUGCUGAUAGGACGAAUCCAUCACUUAAAAGCCUCGUCGACAUGUGGCCUUGUGAAGCCCGAGACCUACUGCACAUCAUAUGAGGAAUGGAGGAUGAAAUGCUGCCGAUGCGACUCCCGAGAGGCUCGUACUCACAACAGUCACCGGGUGGAGAACGUACUUUCCUCCAAAGGACACAUGCGCUGGUGGCAGUCCCAGAAUGACGUGAACCAAGUCUCCUUGCAGCUGGAUCUCGACAAAAAGUUCCAGCUGAGCAGCAUCAUGCUGGACUUCAGGGCACCUCUGCCUGUAGGGAUGCUGAUCGAGCGCUCCAUCAACUUUGGCGAGACCUGGACCAUCUAUCAGUACCUGGCCUCUGACUGCGCCGCCGCGUUUCCACGGAUCCCCCUAGGCUCCCCCCAGAGCUGGCAGGAUGUGCGCUGUCAGGAACUGCGGACCCACCAGGGGCACCCUCUGCAUGGGGGGAAGGUCAAAUUCAACCCCCUUGACCUGGCAUCCGGCAUCGCCGCAUCUCGCAGCCAAAGCAUCAGAAACCUGGGAGAGUUCACCAACCUGAGAGUUAACUUCACCCAGCUACCUCGCCUCCCGCAGCAGGGCUACCGCUCACCCAGCGCCUUCUAUGCUGUGACCGAAAUGCAAGUUCAGGGAAGCUGCUUCUGCCAUGGACACGCAGACCGCUGUACUUCCUCCAGGGCCCCGCCCACAGACCCCAGUGCCAUGAUGCAGGUUCACGGACACUGUGUGUGUCAGCACAACACCGCCGGCCCACAUUGCGAUCGCUGUGCAGCUUUCUACAAUGACCAGCCUUGGAGACCCGCAGAAGACCGCAACCCCAAUGAAUGCCGGAGGUGCAAUUGCAAUGGUCACUCGGAGACGUGCCAUUUUGACCCAGCUGUGUACCAAGCCAGUGGUGGGGUGAGUGGAGGUGUGUGCGACGACUGUCAGCACAACACAGUGGGGAGGAACUGUGAACGCUGCAAGGCCUACUUUUUCCGCAACCAUCGACAAGAUGUCACCCAUCCAGAAGCCUGUCUGCCUUGCGAGUGUGACCCGGACGGCACGGUGCCUGGGUCCAGCUGUGACCCUCUGAACGGACGCUGCGUUUGCAAGGAGAACGUGCAAGGGGACCGCUGCCAUCUCUGCAAGCCCGGAUUCACCCAGCUCACCAAUGCCAACCCCCUGGGAUGCCACAAAUGUGCCUGCAACAUCCUGGGGACACGCCGGGACGCACCCUGCGACGACGAAACAGGAAGGUGCUUCUGUCUGCCCAACGUGGUGGGAGCCAAUUGCGAUCAGUGCUCUGCCAAUCACUGGAAGAUCGCCAGUGGCCAAGGCUGUCAGCCGUGCAACUGCGACCCUCGCAACGCCUUCAGCCCCCAGUGUAACCAGUUCACAGGGCAGUGUCAGUGCCGGGAAGGCUUCGCGGGGCGUACCUGCUCUGCUGCCCACCUGCGGGUUUGUCCAGAUGGGUCCUACGGUGACGUCAGGACAGGAUGCAGAGAGUGUGACUGCAAUUUCCAGGGCACGGAGGGGAUGGGAUGUGACAAGACCACAGGCAGCUGUCUCUGCCGCCCUGGCUUUACUGGGCCUCGCUGCGACCAGUGCCAGCGGGGUUACUGCAGCAACUACCCCCACUGCGAGAUGUGCCACUCCUGCUUCCAGACCUACGACAGCGACAUUCGCCGGUUCGGCCUGCGCCAAGCCAGCCUGAGAAACUCCACCUCACGACUGCAGCUGGGUACGGGGGGUGCUGGCUUCAGCACCCGCAUCUUGGAAGCGGAAGGCAGUGUUCAGCAGAUCCAGGGGAUCCUUGGCAACCCACUAGUGACAAAGCAGGGCCUGGGUCAGGUGUCCAGCAUGCUCACAGCAAUCAGACAGCAGGUCCAGGGCAUAAAUCCCAACCUACCCUUUGUGACUGACACCUUCUCUCUAGCCAAUGAUCUCGAAGAACUGGACAAAAGCCUGCUUUCGAUUAACGGGCAGUACCAGAUUAAGAAGACCCAGUUUGAAGCCAGCCGCCGCACAGACCUUUCAGGAGCCUUCAAGACUGUCAGCUCUGCCUACCAGAGCUCCACCAACGCCAGCUACCGCAUAACGGGCACUUCCAGCCUGCUGACUCGAUCCAGGGAGAACCGGAGAACGACUGAGAGGCUGGAAAGCAGCUUUACAGACCACACCUCCAGGCUGGAGGCCCUCCAGGGCGAGAUGGCCUCCUCCCCCAACUUGACACCAACUAUAAAUAAGAUUUGCAGUGGUGUCAGAUCCAAGGCCUGCACCCCUGGGCACUGUGACGGGGAGCUGUGUCCGCAGGACAGCACAAUGGAGUGCGGAACAGGCCUCAGCUGCAGAGGGAUCAUUCCGCUGUCACGGGGUGCAAUCAGAACUUCUGAGAAGACCACCAGAGAGCUCCAUGGCUUAAACACUCAGCUCCAGCAGACCAUGCAGAUGAUCAGGGCAGCAGAAACAGCUGCAAACCAAAUCCAAAGCAAUGCACGACGUCUCGGGGACCAAGUAAGUGUAACCAGGACCCAGAUAGAAGGAGACGUCCGACGCAUCCAGCAAUUCAUCCAGCAAGUCCGCAACUUCCUGUCAGACCCAGCCACUGACCCUGCUACCAUCCAGGAAGUCAGCGACUACGUGCUCUCACUCCGCCUCCCAACGGACACUGCUGCGGUCCUGAGGAAAAUGACUGAGAUCCGAAACCUGGCUGCUAAGCUGCAGUGUCCUGAGAGCAUCCUCACCCAAACAGCUGGGGAUAUCGCUAAGGCCAAGAGGCUUCAGCAAGAGGCUGAACAGGCAAGGAACCGAGCAAACGCAGUAGAGGGCAACGUGGAAGAAGUGGUGGAGAAUUUGAGACAAGCAAACACAGUGCUCCAGGAAGCCCAGGAUGCUAUCAGUGGCUCCGGCUAUUCCCUUCAGCUCAUCCAACUCCGCAUUGAUGAGAUCCAGGCUGUCCUUAUUCCAAUGGAGAAGAAUAUGAGAGACAUUACGGAUCAGCUGGACAGCUUCACGGAGAGAAUCCGCCAAUUGCGGCACAAGGCGGAGCAGAAUCGGUUGCAGGCCACAGAUGCUCAGCAGAGAGCAAAAGAAGCCAGUGAAGAAGCAAGGAGCGCUCAGCAGGGAUUUGAACAGGUCAAACAAAAAUAUGCUGAGCUGAAGAGGCGGAUGGGACAGAAUUCAAAUCUGGGAGCCCAGGGCAGCAGGAUUCAAAGUAUCGACAUGGAGGCAAAAGCGCUCUUUGAAGAAACCUGGGCUAUGAUGCUCAGGAUGGAAACUAUAGAAACGGAAAUUCAGAAAAGCAACAAUGCAUUAAUCGUCAAGUCAGCCAGCCUCGCAGGCCUGAAGGAGCAGGUGGAAAAGAUCAACAAUCAUAUCCAUGAACGAAUCACAUACUACACCAGUUGCUAAUCAAUGAGCUGCUGGGGCUCCAUCUCGCCAUGUAAUUGCAUUGUCUGCCUUCUGUUCGAACACUGACUGGGGGACUUAGUCCCAUCUCCUGGCUCGUAGAAGUUUCUUGUUCUCAAGGUCUUUGUCAAUAGACCUACUGUACCUUUAGAAAAUAGCUAGCAUGGAGCCAAAAAGAACAAGGUCCCUUAGGGAGAAUGAAUGUUAUGUGGCCUUGCUAAAGCCACACUGAGUGGCUCUAGGAAAGGGGGAAGAUGGAUCUAAUGUCAGUAACUAAUAAAGCCUUUUGGAAGGAGUUAUUUCUGCAUGAGGUUUGCCAACUUGACAGGGGAUGUUUAUUCAUUUUAGCACCUGGAUUUCACCUUUUGAAUGAAAACCUCAACUCUGGCCUUUUUAAAAAAAAUAACCUUUUCUGGUAUAUUGCAUUUAGUUCUUCAAAGAAAGUCAUAAGAGGGGCAGGAUGAAGGCCACAGCUAAAUAUAAGACCAUUCCCAGGAGUGGUUAACUGAGGUAAACACUAAAAGCCCUAUUUACACAAAUGUAAGAGCAGUGGUGCUCUAAGGUAGCAUUAAAUACCACCCAGAUUGACUUCGUCAGCACCUGCUUAUUUUCAAACAAUACUUUGCAGACAGA